CUGCUUUGAAAGAGAGGGAUCGUCAUGCACACUGCAGCUCUUCUCGCCCUCCUUCUCUGCUCCCUCCCCUCAUCCCACUGCUCCUCUCCCUUCACCUUCGUCAAGGCUGAGGGUCAGAACAUCUGCGCUGGAGUCAUCCUGGGCUGCAGCUCCCAGGAAGCGGCCUGUUCUACCGCCGCCUACGGCCCAUGCACUGCUGCAAGCCCCGGCCCCUCGGCCUAUGUCACCCUGACGCCGAUGACGCUGGGAUGGAUCUACGACCUCAACACCUACAGCACAGACAGCAACAAUCUCAUCCAGAUAACAGGCCUUCCCAACAUCAACAAUGGCUUUCUCCAAUGGUCAGCGAGUGAGGCAGUGGGGUCAUCGACGUACGCUUACAUGAUGGCCGGAGCGCUGGUUGGCAACGACGUAACGAGCGCAGGCUACAUCGGCACGAUGAACGCGAUCAUGACCUCAGGGACGAUCAACACCAAGACCAUCCCCCUCAGCUUCAACUCCGUCACUGACAUACCCGCAGAUCACAGCACGAAGCUCAAAGUCGACAUGUGCAUCACGACGACGUCCAACAAGCAGUGCUCGGGAGACGACGUCUCUUUCUCAUCGGGAGACAUCGCGUUCAUGACCUACGGAGGGACCAUGGGCAGCAACUACAUGUCGGAUCCUGACGCCAAGCACCUCCUUGUGAGGUACAAGGUCACUGUUGUGGACAGCGAUCAGACAGCAGCAGGCAUGACGUUCAACUCUCAGUCCAAGAAUCUCACUGGCAUGCACAACGUCGAGGUCAACGACAUCACCUUCACUCUUGGCGGCAAGCUGAUUUCUCUGCAACUGAACAAGGCCUUCAACUCCGCGACCAUGACCAUUGCUGGAACCACCGUCUCCUUGGCCAACUACUCCACCGGCACCGUACAGCUAAGAGUGAACCCUGUCCCCGGAGACAAAGCAUCGGCAUACUUCGACAUCAUCUUUCCUUCCGCUUACUUUCAGACGGCCAAUCAAGUUGCUUUCUACGGGUCUGGUGGUCCCGGUACCAGGAGGUCUGGAAACACUGCUUACCCUCGAUGGGUCGUCGGGGCUCCUACUGAUCCGCAACCUGGCGGCGGCAACAACGGACAGCAGUCUGGGGCUCCAGCUCCUCCAACCUCAACCCCGAAAGCCUCUGGGGGCUCCAACACACUUUCGAGUGGGGCGGCUGGUGUUGGCCGCGGCGGGGCUCAGGCUCUUUCAGCUGUGACGUUGAUCAUGAUGUUUGACGACACGGUUGACGAGGACAACGAGGCUGAGAGUGUCUUCAAGUACGAGCCAGGUUUCUACCACAAGAAGAAGAACGAGGAGAUGAGCAUCCGACAACAUGAAAUCGGCGCUCCGAUAACGCCUGAAGCGCAAGAAUGGAUGAAGAGAAAGGCUUGUCAGUGUCCUGAAUAUGCUGCAAGACUCGAAGUCAGGAAGCUAGCCAAGAAGUCUUUGGAGGCAGACAACUGGGCCGGAGAACUGAUGAAAGGCAAGCAGGAAUCAGGAGGGAGGGAGGGGAGGGAGAGGAGGGAGGGAGGGUAA